AUGUUAAAAGAAAUAUUUCUUCUGCUAUUAGUAAUUGUUGUUGUUGUAAAUGGUGAUCGACAAUGUACUGUUAAAUGCCAAUUUUCAUUAGCAUUUGGUGAGCCAUUUCAGGUUCCAAAAAAUUGCACAACUGAAACUGGUGAUAAUACCUUCACAUGUUUUGUUACUGCUUACAUUGAUUAUAUACAAAAACAAAUCGAAAUUCAAUUGAAUGCUGAAAACGAAUCACCAGCAUCGAAUGAAACGUAUGGGCAAGAAAUUAUGCUUCGUUUUGAUCAAUCUGAUGAACUAAUGAAAACUGGUGUAAUCUAUGGUUGUACAAUUUCAAAUGAUUGUGCUAAAAAUUAUAUUGAAAAACAAUUGAGAAUACUAGUUGAUCACGAAGGAAUAUUACAUACAAUAAAAGAUAAAUUGUAUAAUCCUGGAAGUUCAAAUGUUCAACAAUGUAAUGAUUUACAGAAUAACACCAUUGCUUGUGGAAAUGGACAAUGUCGCGCAGAAUUAGGGACAUUUAAUAAUCCUGAGGAUCCUGUACCAUUUUAUAGAACAUAUUGUAAUUAUUCUCCACCCGAGGAUCCAUUUCAAAACAAAACCGGCUUAUUCGAUAUAACUGCACGUGGUUAUCCACCGCCUGGUGUAGAUAUGCAUGAUUUAUAUUAUGUUUGUAAUCAAAAUUUAUGUAAUAAUCAAGAAACAAUAAAUUUAAUUCAAAAAUUAAUUAAUGAUUACAAUCUCAAUGAAGUUUAA